UCGGAGUCGCGCAAGCAGUUCUCUCUCUUCAGUUGCUGUGUCAAAUAUUUUCUCGUCAGCGAAGGAAUAGGAAGUUGCUGUUCGAAAGCUGUGUUCGUGGAGAGAAGAAAAAAGAACAAGUCAAGUGAAAAAAUCCAAUAUAUUUUCACCUUUUCCGUGCCAGAAGGUGUUGAGGAUAGAAGUUCGCGACUCUCGGGACGGAUUGUGCUUCGCUAGAGGCGUACUUUGAGCUUACAUUCUAUUUUUCCGGGGAGAUAGUGCAGGAAACGGGCAGCCAUGGAUGAGGAAUAUGACGCCAUUGUCCUCGGCACUGGACUGAAGGAGUGCAUCCUCAGCGGUAUGUUGUCGGUGUCGGGCAAGAAGGUGCUGCAUAUCGACCGCAAUAAGUACUACGGAGGCGAGUCGGCAUCAAUUACCCCGCUGGAAGAUCUUUUCGCCCGAUUCGGGGUGGAAGUGCCGGAAGGUACAUAUGGACGGGGCCGCGACUGGAACGUCGAUCUCAUCCCAAAGUUCCUGAUGGCCAACGGAAUGCUGGUUAAGCUGCUAAUCCACACGGGCGUGACCCGUUAUCUCGAGUUCAAGUGCGUAGAGGGAAGCUACGUCUACAAGGGAGGCAAAAUCUCCAAGGUUCCCGUCGACCAGAAGGAAGCUCUUGCGUCGGAUUUGAUGGGAAUGUUUGAGAAACGUCGUUUCCGCAACUUCUUGAUCUACGUGCAGGAUUUCAUACAGGACGACCCGAAGACGUGGAAGGACUUCGACCCAACGAGCAAGAACAUGCAGGAACUGUACGACAAGUUUGGAUUGGAUAAAAAUACUCAAGAUUUUACCGGUCACGCCCUGGCCCUGUACCGCGAUGACGACUACCUGGCGGAACCGGCCGUUAAAACCAUCAAUCGCAUCAAGCUGUACUCGGAUUCGUUAGCACGUUACGGCAAAUCGCCCUAUCUGUAUCCGAUGUACGGUUUGGGAGAGCUGCCUCAGGGCUUCGCCCGGUUGUCGGCCAUCUAUGGUGGCACCUAUAUGCUGGAUAAACCAAUUGACGAGAUCGUGUACGACGGCAGUGGCAAGGUAGUGGGUGUUCGCUCCGGCGAAGAAGUGGCCAAAUGUAAACAAGUUUAUUGUGAUCCUACUUACGUACCGGAUAAGGUGCGCAUCAAGGGCAAAGUGAUCCGCUGCAUUUGUCUGCUCGAUCAUCCAAUCCAAAACACAAAGGAUGCUCUUUCCACGCAAAUUAUCAUUCCACAGAAGCAGGUUGGUCGUCGUUCCGACAUUUACGUGUCACUGAUCAGCUCGACACAUCAGGUUUCGGCAAAGGGAUGGUUCAUCGGUAUGGUUUCGACCACCGUCGAGACAGACCAUCCCGCGGACGAAAUCAAGCCAGGCCUCGACUUGUUGGCUCCGAUUGCACAGAAGUUCAUUUGCGUCUCGGAUUACUACGAACCCACUGACAACGGACUUCAGUCGCAAGUAUUCAUUUCGGAGUCCUACGAUGCCACCACUCACUUCGAGACCACUUGUCUGGAUGUGUUGGACAUCUUCAAGCGUGGCACCGGAGAGGAUUUCGAUUUCUCCAAAAUAAAGCAGGAACUAGGCGACGAGGAACAGUAAGCAAAAAAAGCAUCGGAGGAAAAGAAAUACAGAAGCGCCUAGUGUGUGAGAGGUCCUCUUCCUAGCAGCAACCGAGAAUGUCAACUACUCUCAAAUGAUUAUUAAUUACGAUUAAUAUAUGGGAAACAUCUGCAUCUGAUACAUUACUAAUAUUUACUGCUAUUUUUAGUAUCGAAAAAUUUUCUUUAACAACAAUAUUAUUGUAUAACAGACAAACCAAGCUCUAUUGUAAGGUUUUUUUCCAAUCAUGGAAGAAAACAAAAGGAAUGAAUAACUGAAGUUGCUGAUGAGCGUGUGUAUCGAGGCAAAGCGGAAAACAAAAACAAAAUAAAAACAACAUCGAAGUAUCUCUUAGAAUACGAGAAACGUGCGAUGAAACAUGAGUAGUAGAGUGGACACAAUUUGUUUCUUCUUAUCGACAUUAUAAAAAGCGCACUAAGGGAUGCUGAUUUGCUUCAGUUUUACUAGCCGUCUUUUCAUUAAGAAAACGAGUAUUGUUUCUGUCAGGUUCAUGUUUUUCACCAAACAUUUAAAGAAUCACUAGAAUUUCGAUAGGAAACAGUUAUGCUUGAAAACAAAAAAAAAACAAA